GCGACCGCUCGGACGCAACUCAUCAGCAGAUCUCGAAAUCUCUUAACUAUGUUACCUAAAACGGCUUUAAAGAGUAUUUCAUCCCUGUUUUAUGUGUGCUAGUUAUGUUCUGUUACUAUCGUAUCGCUCCCAUUCGGAAUAUUUAGUCGGAAGAUGUUUAUGCCAAGAUCUCUGAAGCACAAGAGAGCUCCUGAGUCUCAACAGCAGAACACCAAGAGAAGCAAAGUGAGGUCAGAAGACACCGUUUCUACAUCUCUGAUCUCUCAUGAGAUCUGUCCUCCAGAUGAGACUGAGAAUAAAUCAACAGAUCUGACCAUAGGCACCUCUACAUCACAACAAGAUGAGAGUGAACCAAUAAAGGAACCCAAUCAGAUUGAGACGGAAGAAUCAGAUGAGGAAGAACCCGUGAAGUCCUUCAAGAAGAACCAGAGAUGGCCUGAACCCGGAGAGCCUGUUUGUAUCAUGUGUGGUCGAUAUGGAGAAUACAUCUGCGACAAAACUGACAACGAUGUCUGCAGCCUUGAGUGUAAAGCCAGUCAUCUGGCUAAAAUGUGUAUAGACUUUGGAGAAAAGGUAUUUUCUAAAGAUCUACAGCAGGGUUCAGACACUAGCAGCACUGGUGCACAUGAGCUGGGUUACUCCUACAAGGAGGAUCCGUUCAUAUCUGAACUGACAGAUGAACAGAUUGUGAGAGUUAAAACAGAGCUGGCUAUCCUGACACAUGGCCAGGAGGUCUGUAGACCAAUUAUAGAGUUUGAGCACUGUAACUUUCCUUCAGCACUCAGUGUGAAUCUGAAGAAGGCUGGAUAUGAGGCACCGACUCCCAUUCAAAUGCAGAUGGUUCCUGUUGGUUUAAUUGGGAGAGAUGUAAUUGCCACAGCAGAGACAGGUUCAGGAAAAACAGUUGCCUUUCUUCUUCCAGUGGUCGUGCGUGCCCUUGAGAGCCAAACUGCGUCUUCAUCUUGUCCCAUUUGUCUCAUCCUGACCCCAACCAGAGAGCUGGCCAUUCAGAUAGAGAAGCAGACAAAGGAGCUGGUGAUAGGUCUGCCGAACAUGAGAACUGCUCUUUUAGUGGGUGGGAUGCCUUUACCCCCUCAGCUGCAUCGACUCAAGCAGAAGAUCAAGAUUGCAAUUGCCACUCCAGGACGUCUCCUUGAGAUCUUGAAACAGAACGCUGUACGGCUGGAUGAUGUCAAGGCCAUUGUGGUUGAUGAGGCAGAUACCAUGCUGAAGAUGGGAUUCCAGCAACAGGUUCUUGAGAUUUUGGAGCACGUCCCCGAAGACCGUCAGACACUUUUGACGUCAGCCACCAUUCCCAAAGGAACGGAACAGCUAGCAGCUCGUCUGACUCAUGACCCUGUGAGCAUUAACAUCGGACAGAAGAACCAACCCUGUGCUAACGUCCGGCAGAUAGUCCUCUGGGUGGAGGAGCCUUCAAAGAAAAAGAAACUUUUUGAGAUUUUAAAUGACCGAAAGCUCUACCAGCCACCAGUAGUUGUAUUUGUAGACUGCAAGCUUGGAGCAGAUCUGCUGUGUGAAGCUGUGCAGAAGGUCAUGGAAUUAAACACGGUCGCGAUCCACUCGGACAAGACGCAAUGGGAACGCAACAAAAUUGUAAAGGGUCUUCUUGAGGGCCAGUUUGAAGUGGUGAUCAGUACUGGCAUUCUCGGCAGAGGACUGGACCUGGUUAAUGUUAAGGUGGUAGUGAACUUUGACAUGCCAACAAACAUGGAUGAAUAUGUUCAUCAGAUUGGUCGAGCAGGUAGAUUGGGCCACAGAGGCACAGCCAUCACCUUCAUGAACAACAACAACAAGCGCUUGUUUCUGGACAUUGUGAACAGAGUAAAACCCACCGGCUCCAUACUGCCACCACAACUCCUCAACUCCCCCCAUCUGCACGAACAGCAGAGGAGAGCCAAACACAGAAGCAACCAUGGAGAAGACAUUGUUGUUUCCAAAAGCAACCUUAUUGACAUCAUCAGGAGGCAUGACAAAAGCUCACGAAGAAAUAGCAAGGAUUAAAAUGUAUAACAUAUAUGAUUGAUUUGUUGUCGUUUUUGUAAAUUGUAUUUUCAAUAAAUGGUCCAGCCAGCUUACUGCCUGCUUGGACAGUUCUUUUCCAUUUCAAGUUCAUGCACAAGAACAUAUUAUUUUUGGCCUCUUUUCAUUAUGUGCUUGUAUUGGUGAAUCUUACAAAAACAUUUGCUGGUUACCUAAGAAAAGUAAAGCCAAUUUUUAAGGCCAUCAAGAUUUAUUUUUAUUUUUAAUUGUGACAUUAUUUUCUUGACAGUUAAGCACAUUUUAUACUCCAGAGUUUGUUUUUAAUUCUCAUUAAUCUCUAUGAUUCUCAUUUUUUGCAUUGUGACAUUAUUGUCAUGACAGUUAAGCUAAUUUUUUUUCUCCAGUUGUUUGGAUGUUUUGAGUUUGUAAUUCUCAUUAUUCUCGAUGGUUCUGUGAAAUUCUCGUCAUUGUAUUAACUACCGUAAUAAAAAUACAGUAAUAAUGCUCAGGCACAAUGU